AUGUUGUUCUUGGGUAUCGUUGGACGUGGGCUGCAUCGCGCUGCGUACACGCUAUGCACACUAUUCCUCUUCACGAAGUCGGACAUCAAGACGACUGUCAUAUCUGUCGUACACGUUCUUCGCGAUUUCUGCUGCUCCAGCACUCGAAUCUCGACUCAUCCACACUCGGUCUUCUGGAUUUGGAUACAUCUCCUCCAGUUUGACGUGUCCAAUCAGACGCUCAAGCCGGAAGAGGACCUCCUGAACAAGAGCGAUCGACCUCUCCCAUCUGGACGCAUGACGCUGGAAGCCGCCUUAGUACUGCGUUGGGCCCUCGUGCCCCUCUGUCUGGCCGUUUCAUGGCUAUACAGUACGGAGGUCUUGUGGGCCAGCGUCGCCCUUGUCGCGUUGACAAUCAUAUACAACGAGCUAUCGGCCCAUGGCAAGGGCUGGAUCAUCAGGAACCUAGUCAAUGCAGCUGGCUUCGCGUCCUUCGAAGUCGGAGCUACAUUAGUGGCCACUCACGGCCACAAGGACUUUGACUGGAUCGCACGCUCGGCGGUUUAUGCGAGUGCAGGGAUCUUCGCCUCUACCAUCCACACCCAAGAUUUCAAGGACGUUCUGGGGGACUCCUCUGUGGGCAGGAGGGCGAUACCUAUCGUGUUUCCUAGGAUCGCUCGGAUCACUCCACUGAUCGGUCUUCUCUUCUGGACAAUCUCCUUGACUGUUGUGUGGGUGGUCGACUGGGGCACAUCCGCCGUGCUCUUCACUAUCGCGCUGAACGUCGGGUAUCGAUUUCUACGGCUGCGCACAAUGCACGAGGAUCAAGUGUCCUUCUACUGGUACAACGUGUGGCUCUCGUUCGCCCAUGCGCUUCCCGGUUAUUGUAGAAUGUUCUACGGAGCAUAGGUGUGCUCAGGCAGCAUCGCAGUAGCCUCUACCUUGCGUACAGAUGGACUACAGUCGUGUGCAUACAUGCUUAGAGGAUAGAGUGCUGUCGGUCGAAUCUUCGUCCAUCUCGGAG